AUGGAACGCUGGGCUUCGGCCGACCCGCACCCUUCCUCCUCGAACCUGCAGCCGCACAGCCACGACAGAUUGCCGCUCGGCCACCAGCUCUACCACCAGCGCCGCCCUUCGGCCCAUCCGCCUCGGCCCAUCCGACCCCGCCGCCCGUCAUCGUCGUCGUCGUCGUCAUCGGCGUGCUCGACCUCGUCGCUUGUUUCGGGCGCAUCCGACUUCGACUCUAGCCCCCGGCAACCUUCGUCCGCCGCCAUGUCCUCCUCGCGCAGGAUCCGCGAUCCUCGACCCGCCAUGGACAUCAAGGUCCUCUAUACGCUCGACUCGAGCCCCAACCACACCAUGGUGGCCAGGGUGGGCAAGCCCGUCCCCGUCGACGUCGUCCGACCAGCAGGCGGGCCUCCUUCCUCGCCCAUGCACGGCACUCACCACUCCAGCGCGCCACCGAUGACGCGGUUCGGAAGGGUCACGCUCAAGGCCUGUCUCAGCGCCAUCUGCACUGCGAGCCCCGAGCUCAUCUUUGACCGGAAACGCGACUACAUCAUCUACGCCGUCGACCCAGAGGAGACGUUCCGUGCCGCUCAGCAACGGUCGCCCACGGGCCCCCUUCGUAGCGUCGGCCACGCUGCCGAGUCGAGCAAGGCCGGUGCCGUCGCUGCUGCUGCCGCCGCGGCCGAGUCUGCCGCACCGGCCGCCAUGAUGGUCGGCAAAGGAUACUUCCGCUGGGGCCUCGAGGAGGAGGGCGACGGCGAGACGCUCGUCUCGGGCAAGGUGCGCUCCGAGGGCAUCCGCUCCGUCUACCGCGACGGCCGCAUGGUCGACGAGAGCAUCGACGUGCUCGAGGUCGUCUUCAACAUGAAGGAGACCCAGGCGAGGAGCAAGGACCAGUACUAUGACCUGGUCCGUGGCUUUGGCAGCUCGUCGGCGAGUUCGAUCGAGCCGUCGCCAUCGUCGGCCAUGCCCAUGCGAGCCGAGCGCCGGCCGUACCACACGGCGCAUGCCGAGUCGCGCUCCAGCUCCCGCUCGCUGCAGCUCAGGUCUGAGCCCGACUACCACCAGGCCCGCGAUCGGUCGACAAUCCCUCCUCAGCACGAGCAGCAAGACCAGCAGCAAAAGCAACAGCGACAGCGGCAGCAGCGACCGCGUGGGUCAUCGAGAAGGUCUUUGGCUCCGGCCGGCGACGUCUUCGAGAGAACUACGGACUCCACCAGUGUCCGCGGGCAUGAGGCGCGAGCCACAUCACUGGCACGAGAACCCUCCCCGGCAAGUCGGGCGAUGCAGGCACCCUCUCCGUUGCAGUCGAGCGCAUCCGCGCAGCAGGCGCCCGCACAAACGACGCUCGACCUCGAUGCAGUCUCGGCCGUGCAUCCCGGGGCGCUGCAUCUCUUGUCGGCGCUGCAGACGCUCAAGGAUCGCCGGGACCAGCCGGGACAGAAGGGCCCCGAACCGCAGCAGGCUCAGCAGCUCGGUGAGCUUCUCACAGCCGUCGCCGGGGCUCUCGGGCUCGGCAUCACGAGCGGCGCAGUGACGGGCGAGGCGGUCCCGGAGACGACUGCCACGCCUCAGCAGCCAGUGCUCGGCUCCAUCGACGCGCCGUCAGUCCAGCCGGGAACGAGCGAGCCGCACGGUUCGAGCGGCGCCGAGGGCAAGGAGAACCGCGCCGCCAUAGAGACACCGCCGGCCACCAAGGCUGCGUCCAAGACGGGCGGCAGAGCCCGAUCGACGGCCGCCACCCCCGCAUCCGAGGUGGUGGCCACCCCGGCCCAGUCGACGGCAGGCAGAGACACCAGCGGCGACAGCCAAGGCGACACUGUCGGCGGCGGGGAUGCCGCUGACGCCGACAGCCGCGCCGCGAGCGCCUGCAAGAACGUAUGCUACAACUGCGGUUCCUCGCGCGCCAAGACCUGGCGCGCCAUGGUCCUCCCCGUUGGCACCGAGAUCAACUUCCCGGCAAGCGAAAAGCAUCCGCUCAACUGGCCGGCCGCCGAGUACCCCACCCAAUUCGCCCACCUGCCGGGGCCCAUCGUGUCCGACGGCUCGUGCCGCUGGACCGCCUGCAACUCGUGCGGCCUCUACUUUCUCAAGUGGGACGACUCGCGGCCCAGGCACAUGUGGGACCGGGAGUGGAAAAAGAGGAUGAAGCGCGAGCAAGCGGCAAGGGACGCCGCCGCCACCCAGAAGCGCUCGAGCAGCGAGCAGGCCGACGACGACGCACGGAAGCGCGUCAAGAUGUCGCAGACCGACGACGAAGCCGUCUCUCCGGCGUUCAGCACCGGCGACGGCGCGCCGGCGGGCGCGAGCGGGCCGGACGGCGACCAGAAGGCGAGCGGCCUGCCACGGACGCUGAGCUCGGCGUGCCAGCGCGAGGCAGAGAGGCUGGAGUGCGUGCGGCUCGAACGCGAGCGCAAGCGCGAGAUGAACCGCAAGAGCAAGGAAAAGGAGAAGCAGCUCGUCCGGGACCAGAACGGCCAGCUGCGGAGCCGCCGCAGCGUCCGCGAGAACCCCGUCGGCAGAAAGGCCGGACGACCCAAGGGCACCUGCAGAAAGUCCAUGGAUUCGGCAGCAAACGGGUCCGACGCCAUGGACGACAGCAUGGGCGGCGACAUCGACAUGGAGCCGAGCCCGGUCACCAGCGUCCGCUCGAGCCCGGCACUGGCUCGCUCGCGGAAACCAUCCACAACGACGGCGACCUCGGCGGCGGGGGCAGCGGCAACGGCAACGGAGAAGGCCGCCUCCGCCGCAAACGAUGACUCCGUCUUCCGUGCCCCUGCCCCUCCAGCACACGCGGCCAAGGCCUCGGCAGGCGCCGCAGCAGCAGCCUCGUCCACCACCCCCGCCGCGGCUCGAAGCGCUCGCGGCGGCGCGGAGGACGCACCGGCCGGCCGCACCGUCAGCUUUGCCCAGUCGAGCCCGGUCCGACCCUCAAUCUCUGCGCGCAACGCAUCCAACAGCAGCAUGGCAAGCAACGACCACCCGACGCCGUUUGACAGCCCAUCGCGCGAUCUGCGCUUCCGCGUGCCCAACUACCUGCUCAACUCGAGCCCGGGCACCAUGAUGGACACGCUGAUGAGCGAGGCCGACUUCGACUUUGAGGAGCUCGGGCCGUCGGCCCUCCUCAGCACGCCGGGCUCGCUGAUCGGCUUCGGCAGCGGCCUCAACGGCACGCCGACGCCGCUGCGGCGGAGCCCGAGGAAGAACCCAGGCGGCACCCAGAGCGACCAGAACCCCUUUGCCACGCACAUGGAGCCGGCAAGCCCGUCGCUCGGGCAGUCGGCGCGCGCGCUGCAGGGCGCCCAGCGGCUGACGUUUUCGAGCGACGAGAGCCCCGUGACGCGCAGCCGCACCAAGUCCGGACAGGGCGUGCUCCAUCCCGCGCUCUUCUCGUCGAGCGACAGCCCGACCGAGGGCAAACGAUCAAAGGCCAAUUCCAGCAGCAACGUCACCUCUCCCAUCUCGCCCAGCCCGAGGCGCACGGCCAAGGCCAGGAGCAGCGCCAACCAGCCCACCGCCGCGAUCGAUGGCGGCAGGGCGGCCAAGGUCGGGAUGGCCGCGCGGAAGCAGGCGGCGCAAUCCCGUGCCAGCGGCAAGGCCAAGCUGCUCUCCGACGGCCUCGACCAGGACGAUGGUGACGACGACGACGACGAUGCCGGUGGUGAGCAGCUCACCAAGGGCCCGUACCGCGGCGCGCAAGGCAGCCCCGCCGGCAUCAGCCGCCUCUCACGCAAGGCGCCGCCCACCAAGGCGUCGGGCAUCAGCGGUGCCGCCCGCCUGUCGCACCUCGACCUGCCGCCGAGCAGUCCGCCGACGUUUGACCACCCGACGACAGAGAGCGCCAACUUUGCCGACGUCGAGGUCGACGGGUGGGGGAGGACCCCGAGCAUGCGCGAGAUGUUCCCGACGCCGAGCGACGGCGACUGGAUGAGCGAGGGCCACGUCUCACCGACCAAGCCAGCCGACAGCCAGGCAAGCCAGGCCGCGGCCACCGCCCCUCUGCCCGCCGACGACAAGCUGCAGGUCGCCGCACCCACAUCGCGCCGACCCAGCGCCUCGCCGCAGAACGCGGUGGUGCCCCUUCCGCCGGCCCACGUCGCACGGCGUCCACUGCCGGCGACGGUGGAGGACGCGUCGACGACGUCCGGAUCGUCGCCCGAGGACAACGACUCUCCCGACCAGGCCUCCAACGUCUUUGAGCUGUUCGACGAUCCCUACGGCCUGCUCGCCGCGUCCGGCUUCGGCAUUCAGGGCAACGGAAUGAGCGCCGACGCCUUUGCCGACGUCGAGCUGCAUCGCUCGAUGGAGUUUGGCCAUCACCUCAACGCCUUCACCCAGGAGGGUGGCGCCGGCGUCGCCGCGCAUGUCGCACCGGCGGGCGACACGACGAUCGUCGCGCGGCCGCAGACACGGUCGCAGGACGACGGCGCAGCAGCCUCGAGCUCCGCUCCCGCCUCGCAGUUGCAGAUCACCGUCCCAGCAUCGACUUCGUCGUCGUCGUCGUCAUCCAACUCGGCCCUGCCCAUGCCCAUGCCCAUGCCGAUGCCAAGCACGCCUUCAAUCGCGGGCGACGUGGCGUCGUUUUUCUCGUCGUUCCCGCCGGCCGAGCUGACGGCGCUGUUUGCAUCGCCGGGCAAGCCCAAGGUCGGAGCGCAGUUUGUCGAGACGCUGCUCUCGCCGCGGGGCAAGGGGCGGUCAUCGUCGUCGUCGAACAACUGCAACGGCAACGGCAACGGCAACGGAGGCGGCCCGUCGUCGUCGCUGCCCCUCGUGGCCUCGGGAGGCGGCAACAGGGCGGAGCUGUCGACGUCGGACCAGGAAGAUAUCAUCACCCUCCUCAACAACCCGGAUAUCCAGGCCAUGUUGGCCGAGUUUGGUGAUCUGCCGGGCAUGCCCAACGUCGUGUCCGCCUCGCAGCAGCAGCGCGGGGCCGCCACGAACAAAGAAGCGGCGGGCGGCGCUCUCGCCUAG